AUGAAGAGACCAUCUUUAAAUACCUAAUAACUUCAUCUUAAGCAUCCACACCCAAGUUCAACUAAGAACUCCACCAAAGCUUAAAAAUCGUCAGAAAAGUCUUAGCCUAAGUUGCAACUGCAACUGAAAGAUUUGACUAUAAUCCAAGAGAAACAAAGAAAGCAUACUCCGAAAAUGGGCAGAAAUAAUUCUAAGAUUGGCGAUACUCCUUCGCACAAAAACUUCAACUAGAAUACUUCCUCUUAGAACUCCUUCUUUUACCCUUCAAAUAACAUUAAAUAGAACCUAUUUCAGGCAAAACUUGAAGCUGAGAACCUUAAAUCUCUUACUGAUACUGAAGACUAUCAAAAUGGAAAAGACAUUCCUAUUACUAAUAGGCAAGUUUUGAAGUUACUAGGUCGAAGAAGAAUAUAAUCUUCCUCUUCGUCUAGACAGCCCUCUGCUAGUGUAAUCAGUAGUGAUCACAAAAAAUCUAAAAUUGGUGGUAUAGGAGGAGGUUUAGGAAUAGCCAGUGCAGUAAUGCUUGAAAAGUAUAGCUUUUCCAACUCCAAUAAUUCUUCAUUCCCCAUUUCAGUUAAGAAUAAUUUGGAUAAGUCUAACAUUACUUAAAACCUAAAUGAUACCUAGACCUGCAUAAGUCUAUCAAAAGCCUAAUUAAAACCAAGAAGGAACAAAUCUAAAGCAGCUUUAACAUAAGAUGAUCCAAAAGCAAGUAAAAAGCAGCAAACAUAGCUUCAGCAAGAAUAUAAAUUGAUGCAAAAACAACUCAUUCACUCACAAGGAUAGUUAAUUAAGACUUAAGUUAAGUAUGAAAAGAUAAAGAAAAUUAAAAAAUAAAUGGAAAAGGAACUAGAGGCAUAAAGGUUACAGAUAAAUCAAAACCCCAAUGAGCUCUACCCACUACUAGCAGCUCUGAAAACCUAGGUCUAUGAUGUAAUGGAAAACAAUCAUUUCUUGAGCUAAAAAAGAUUCAUAAAGCAACUUCAAAUUACUCUGGAUGGGAUUUAUGAAUAAUUAGGUGCUGCUUAAUCUAGUGGCCAUACAACUGCAACAGAGGAUCAUCGCAUGCUCCAAAUACCUAGCUUUACACAGUUGAAUUUGCAAUAGAAUAACACACUUUAAAGUCAGGAAAAUCAAAGAUUUAGAAUAAAUAGUAAUAGGUUACCAUCUGGAUAAACACAAAGCUAGACCUAAUUUUUAAAAAUUAAUAUGAAUUCUUAAUAGUAGCAACAGUAUGAGGCAUAGAUAAAUGAGCUAUCAAAUUAAAAUGAAGAGAUGCAACAAAAGAUAAGUCAACUUGAAUAGUAAAUUCAGCAAUAAAAAGAUAAUGAGAAGAAUCAAAUAGCUCAUAUAAGAUAGGCAUCCAACUACAGCCAGCAAAGUGAUGAUGUAACGUAAACUUUGCAGAAAUACGCGGCAAUUGUAACCAAAGUUCACCAGAAAUUAAAGGAAAUAGGAGUUAAACUUGAAGAAGUUGAAUAAGGAAAACGAAGGAAGAUUAGAGAAGUUAGAAAGAAAAUGGAGUAAGAGCUAAACAUAAUGAAAGAAAGAAAUUAGAUUCUAUUUGUAUAAUCCAAAGAUCUUGAAGAAUAAUUGGACAAAUCAUUGAGCAAAGUAGAAGAGCUAAAUGAAGAACUGGCAAUUUUGAACUAAGACAAAGAUAUCAUAACUAAAUAAAUAGAUAAACUUCAAGAGAUCAAUGAAAGGCAGGAGAACUUUAUUGCACUUCUUUAGCAAUAAAUAAGACAAGGCAAUGAAAGUUCCAGUUCAGGAAAUGCUCCAUUAAUGGGAUUAGAUCGAUCUUAUUGUGCCUCCUCAGUUCUCAGCCAAAAUCAAAUGUGGAAUAAUGGUCUUGGUAGUGCCCUUGGCAACCCAUAAUGGAAUGAAGGAGCACCAAUCUAGGACAUUAGCGAAUUAACAUCAAAGAGCUAGAUUGAUGAAAGAUCAAGUUCUAUCGGAGCAGACAUCAAAAUCAUUCAAAUAUCUUAAUCUCCAAAUAUCUCAAUUAACUAGCAUAACGGGAUGAAUAAUUAACACUAUGCUUAGCCAUAUAAGUCUAAAAGCAAAAGAAGAUAAUAGAACUAGCCAUCUAGCCAGCUAAGUAACUAUAAUAAUAGCAAUGGUGGUAUGGGCUCAGGUACUGUAAAUUCAUUCAAUCCCAGAAAAUAAUCACUGUAUCAUCAUGCUCACAAUGCCUCGAAUUUCUAUAACUGCUAGCAUGAUUUUGCUGGAACAAGUAUAGUCUCUGUUAUAAAUCCGAUAUUGGCUGAGGAACAGGCAAGUGAAUUCUCUAAUUCUGAGGAGAAGAGACUGUUUUAUAAGAGGAGAAAUUCAUCUUCUGUUGCUCAAUAAUGGUAAGCUUAACAAAGAAGAACUAGCAGUGGUAUGAGCGGAGUUAAUGUAAGCAACUAUUUAUAGUACUAGAAAAAUGAGACCAUGUCUUACAAUUAAAAUCCCAGUAGCAAUGCAAUUUAAAAUUCUAGGAACUAAAAUUAAUAAGCUGUUUAGUCAGCGACUACCUAGCAGCCGAAAGGAAGUCUAAUAAGGCAGCAUAUAGAUUCAAGCUCAAAAAUGAGUAGAAACGAAGCUAAUGGUCACCAAGCAAGGACAUCCUCAAAGACCAUGACUUUUGCUGAGAGAUCAAAAGGUCCUCGCAUUGUGGGUCAUCUCGAAGAUAUCGUGGAAGACUAUCAAAGACAUGAAGAGGAAUUAACUCUGAGAGAGAAUUAAAACUUUUAAAAUCAAGCAACACAUUUCCAAUUCAUUUAAAAUAGUAAAGAUCAAAACAUACACAUGAGCCAACUGCAAUAGUCUCUAAAUAACAAUGGUGGGGGAGUAUCAAAGAGAAAAGGUCAAAGCAUAUAGUAUCACUAGAAGAAAAGAAGAAUGAGCUCCUAAGAGAGAUCAUAUUCUGAAUCACCUACCUUACUUUCCAAUAGUAAUAUUAUGUCAACAACUUCUGCUGUUAAUAAGGUUGAGAGAAAUAUUUAAGUCCCAUUUAGAUCAAAGACAAGUACGCCCUGCUAAAAGAUCAAAAGCAUGAUUGAAAUCUAGUCAAAUUAGUUUGAACUUCUAAACGAUUAUCUUUAAGACUAGAGAUUGCCGAUUGACCAGGAUAAUUCGAAUGUUUCUGCCAAAAAGCUAAAGACUUAGAGUCAUCAUGUUCAUAACUGCAAUAGAAAGCAGUAUAAGGAAAUGCAUCAAUAUCAUUAGUUUGAGGACAGACUGACCUAAAGUGAUGCUAAUUUCAAGGAUUACAUUACCCAGGACAUUGAUUAGUCAAUGAUGAUGAAAGGAAGCGACACUUAAAUGAACUAGAUGAAUAAGAUGAAAAAGCAACAAGACAAAGAGAAUACGAUGAUUGAUGGAACAGUAUACACAAGAGCUACAGAUGAGAAUGGAGUACACAAUAGUGGUUUCACACCUCAGUAAAUGAAUAGAGCUUAGCACUAAUCUAUGAUAUUCUAGAAUCCUAAAGGUCAUGACACAUUUAUGAGGAGAAUGAGUAAUAUUGAAAUAUCACCCAGAUAGCAAGAUAAUGGCGACAAAGAAAAUCAACAUAAUUACUGGUCAACAAAUAUUUUAUCUGGAGGUAGAAACAUUGAAAAUGAAACCUAUGAAUAAACCUAGAAAUGCCCAGAGGUCUUUUAGCUCACUAGCCGUAGAGAUAUGACUUUAAACAAUAUAAAGAAUGAGAUAAGCUCUUUAGAUUAAGAAAUUAUAGAACUUUAGCAUAAUUUAGACAAAGCGAUUAAGUUUGAAAACAUUCAAAGUAGCCUUUACGAUUAGUAGCAGCUACUUCUACAAUAAUAAUAUCUCCAUUAGCAAUUGCCUUAAAAACUGAUAAGAGAUUAAUGA